AUGAUCCAUAAUAUUUUUGACGCUGAAAUAUUGAAAAUAAAUUGCUCAUCAAGGUGGAGUACCAUUAAUGGAUGGUGGACUGAGAUUGAUACUAUAUGUAUGGUCAAUGGUAAUCAGUUUCGACCUGAUGUGGGUGGUUGGAACCCUAAACCAACACUUGAUCAAAGGCGUACUCCUAUUAUUAGUUCAAAUCCACCGCCAUUGUUAUGGAUUGAGACGAAGAUCUUAUUCCUUAUCUCCAAAGCUAUGCAACUAUUUCUUGACAAUCGGCUAAAUCAAAUAUUUAUUGGUGACCUAUGA